UUUUUCAAAAACAUCGCCGGACCGUACCUUUUUGUACAUAAAUUGUUAAACCCUGCUCGAAAUUAGCGGGAAAAGCUGUAUUAAUAGGUUAUCUGCUUAUUUUAGACUUCAUCAAAGUAUGUCAUUUUUCAAUUUGUGGGAAGGACUUUCUCAAGAAUUCGAUAUUUAUAAAGUCCUCCGUUUGGUUGUCAUCAUAGGUGGUUAUAUCUUUUUCAGACAAAGAUACUUGGAAUUUAUGAAACACUAUCAAGUCAAAAAACAGCUAGAGGAAGACCAUAAAAGGAAUACCGAAGCUUUGAUUGAAAAGCCGGAUAUUAAAGAAGCGGAACUUACCGGCGUUGCAGGUAGUGAUAAUAGAUGGGGUUGGGGAAAAAGAACAAGAAGCAAAGUUAAAGCACAACAAAAGCUUUUCCAAAAGCAAGUAGAACAAGCGGCAUUGCAGAUUUCACAAACAAAGGGAUCAGAUAGCGAUGAGGAAAUAAAUGAGUUAUUGGAGGAUUGAACGAAACUCAUGACUGGUUGAAUAGCUAGACAUCAAGAAACUCCUCCAGGUUUAUAAAAGGAUUACAUGGUAUGUUUGUACUAGUUAACGCUUUCUUCAACAUUUGGGAAAUUAAA